CGACCAUCUUGCACGAAACCGCACGCCAGUUUAUGUUAAUAUUAUCCUUAUAACGAAAAACGGACGUCGAACUAAUUUGUUUGUUAUUAGGUAUUGCUGUUAUUUUUUUUUUUUAAAUAAAUAACCAUAACCCGUUUGGCUGUUUGCGUGUGAAAAAAUACUGUGUUUUUUUCGGAUUUUGAUUUUGUUCGACAAAAGUAAAAUAAUCGGAUGGACGAUUUCUCUUUAACAUACAUACAUACAUAUAUAUUUUUUUCUAAUUAAAUGAUAAAUCUUGCGUGUUACGGUGACACGUCGUUAUUGCCGCGGAUCCAUCAAAACCGAGCUGUCGGAGACAACAAGUCAUGGCGGGAUUAACGAUUAACCUCGGUUAAAAAGUGGCGAUGAAGACGCCCUCGGGCUGGUGUUCGACGACAGUGGCGUUUCUGGGAAUGGCUCUGCUUUGGAUUGGCGGACCGACAUCAGACGCCGCCGCCGCCGCCGCCACUGUGGGUACGGCCGUGGCAAACGACCGCCACUCGCCGACUUGCGAAGAGGUGAGGGUGCGGUGCGCGUUCGGCUCGGGUUGCUCGGUGGCGUUGCACAACUACUUCACCAAGUGUGACCAAAUGCUUAGGGCGGAUUCCACGACGUGUCCCGAAUCGUGCCUAUACGCCCUGGUGUCCAUUACCUCUACCGAGGAAGGCAAAAAACUCCUUGACUGUACGUGUAGGGACCGGUACUGCGAAGAGACGAAGGCCCGCGUAGAGGUAUGCCGUCCGUUGGUGCUAGAGGCGGUCAAGAACGAGACGAUUGUGUCCUGCGAACUGGCACAGUGGAUAUGUGCUGUAGACCCGGUGUGCUCGGCCGCGUUGGGCUACUACCACACGUACUGCAAGCGGAUGAUCCAAGGCGUCUCGUGCACGGAGAGGUGUCUGAACUCGAUAAACAUACUGCAGCGGCAAGAGAAGGCGGUCAAGAUGAACCGGUGUCGGUGUUCGGGCGCGGCGGCCGGCGAGUGUUUGCGCAACAAGGAGCGCAUGGCCAGGCUGUGCUACGGCGAAGGCGACAACGGGAACAGACCGAACGGCAAGGGCGGUCGGAAAAACCGGAAGAAGCAUCGGCCCAAGGCGUUCGAGGACGACCCGGACAGGUCGGAAAUCGAAGUGAUGCUGGUCAACGGGCCGGACUACCAGCCGGACGAACGGCACCGGUACAAUGCCGCCGGCAAGGGAUCCGCGGUACCGUUGCGGUCUGCGGCGAUUAAUCCACUGGUCGUUGUGGCCGCCGCGGUUUUGCUAGUCAAAUGGUCGACGGGCACGAUGGUCGUUAGAUAGCUUUUCGCCUAACCGCACCUGUAUUUUCCCGGCUGCGGUUGGCCGCCUACAUCUGGUAUCACACGGACACCGACCUAUCGUUGUCGUCUUCUACGGACGCGCGGUUGCCAAAGAGAUUAUACAUCAUUAUUAUUAUCACAAUUAUUAUAUUAUGCGCUUGGACACGGCCGAUAAAUGAUAAUGAAAUAAUGUUUUUCUAUUGAAUACCCGACACCUGAGACGAAUUAAUAAUAUUGAGAGACCUACUUCCGAUAUCCCAAGCAUUCACUCAAGCAUCACCGGUUCUUCAUGGAAGUCCUGAACUUGAGGACCCGCAACACCGUCGUCGGUCUACACUUCAGAACGUGUGCGAUAUUGUUAUUCUGAUUAUUAUUAUUAUUAUUAUUUGGCUUAAAGCCGAACCAAAGACGAUUUACUAUUGUAUUACUCUUACCCGACGGCGGCAAUAGACUUCAUUCGCAUACCAAAAAAAAAAAACUAUCCAACUCAAAGACGGUGUAUAUUUCUACGACCAAAAAACAAUAGAAACCUAAACCGUUUGGAUAAAAACCUACUUAUUUUUAAUAGUAUGUUGUCAUGCCCCCCCCCCCGUUGUGUGUUUGUGUUUCACGUUUAAAUGUUUUCAAGGGUGUGUACAUCAUGAUCACUAGAUAUUUGGUACAAAGUUGUUUUAUAGUUUAAUUGCCUUGUUUUAUAUAUUGUUUAUUAUUUUUA